CGUAAUUAUGGAUUAUAUACAUCACUGAACAAUUUUUUUUUGACUUAUUUGCGCUAUUGCUGGCUCUUUUUACAGUCUCAGAGUUCCUCCCUAAGCACUCAGACAAGUACAGAAAGAAAAAUGUUUGGAUCUCUGUUAUCCUUACUCUGCUUUCUUGUCAUGGCCCCGUCCAUGAAUUCCUGGUCUGCUGCUGCCGACGUGAUAACGUGUUCCGGGACGGUAACUAUGAGAUACCGGAGCGACAAGAUCUCGAUAACUGAUUUCGGAGGUGUGGGUGAUGGCCGUACAGUAAACACACUAGCGUUUCGGGCGGCGAUAUAUCGUAUAGAACAUCUCAGGAGGAGAGGUGGUACGCUUCUCUACAUACCUCCUGGCGUCUAUCUCACGGAGAGCUUUAACCUUACCAGCCACAUGACUCUGUACCUGGCUAAGGGUGCUGUAAUUAGGGCUACUCAGAACACAUGGAACUGGCCCUUAAUUGCUCCCUUACCAUCUUAUGGAAGAGGCAGAGAACUACCUGGCGGGAGGUAUUUAAGUUUUAUCCAUGCGGAUGGGGUUCGUGAUGUGGUAAUUACAGGUGAAAAUGGUACUAUUGAUGGCCAAGGUGAUGUUUGGUGGAAUAUGUGGAGGCAAAAAACUCUUCAGUUCACGAGACCAAAUCUCAUUGAGUUCAUGCAUUCGAGACACAUUAUCAUUACCAAUGUGAUCUUUCAAAACUCUCCCUUCUGGAACAUUCACCCUGUUUAUUGCAGCAAUGUUGUUAUUCGAAAUGUCACCAUUUUGGCUCCAUAUGAUUCUCCCAAUACAGAUGGAAUUGAUCCAGAUUCAAGCUCCAAUGUUUGUAUAGAGGACUCCUACAUUUCUACAGGGGAUGAUUUGGUAGCAGUGAAGAGUGGGUGGGAUGAGUAUGGUAUUGCAUUUGGACGACCUAGCUCUGAUAUCACCAUCCGGCGGAUCACAGGCUCAUCCCCAUUCGCCGGAAUUGCAAUAGGAAGUGAAAGCUCUGGUGGUGUGGAGAACGUCUUGGCUGAGAACAUAAACCUCUACAACAUGGGGAUUGGCAUCCAUGUGAAGACAAACACUGGUAGGGGAGGGGUGAUAAGAAACAUUACAGUGUCAGAUGUGUACAUGGAGAAUGCUCGGAUGGGAAUCAAGAUCUCAGGUAAUGUUGGCGACCACCCAGAUGACAAAUUCAAUCCGAAUGCUCUCCCAAUAGUCACUGGGAUCAGGAUCAACCAAGUGUGGGGCGUGAAGGUUCAGCAGCCGGGGUUAAUACAUGGCAUUAAGAACUCACCUUUUACUGGGAUAUGUCUCUCCAACAUCAGCCUUAAUGGCGUGGCUGGGCUAAGAACUACCCCAUGGCAGUGUUCUGAUGUAAGUGGGGGCGCCCAACGGGUGACUCCCUGGCCGUGCUCAGAACUGAUCAGCACCGAUGGUGGUGGUUCUUGUGCAAUCCCUUUCUGAGGUUUGUCUGACUCGCCAAAUAUUCUGGUGGUCCUGAAUGGCGAU